AUGAGCGGCAACGUCACGCUCACGAGCCCAAACGCAACGACCGCUGCAGAGUCUGGAUCCGGAUCCGAAUCGGGCCGGCCGCCCUGGUACCAGUUUGAGGUGUGCGCAGUGGCUCCGUACGGCUUCAUCUUCUACUUUGGCGUGAAGGUGUUCAACCUGGCGGUGGGCUUCCCCACCAACGCGCUGGUGCUGUGGCAGGUGGCUACGCGCCGCAAGAGCGAGGAGGGGGGGUCCACCUCCGACAUCUUCAUCUUCAACCUGGCCGUCCUGGACGCCUUCUUUUGCCUCAUGACGCCCAUCGAGAUGGUCAAUCGCCUGCUCCUGGACGACCAGCGCAUCUGGUACUUCCAGCGCUUCUCCUACGGCGUCAAGGACACGGCGCCCCUCUUCCUGACCUGCAUCUGCCUGGACCGCUACGUUGCCGUGGUCCACCCCAUCCUCUUCACCGGUAUCCGUGACAACCGCAUCCGGGCGGGCGUGGCGGCGCUGGUGUGGGGCCUCAUCCUGGCGUACGCGCUCACCAAGUCCAUCCUGGGGGUGAGGAGCACCACAGAGAUCUUCAGUGGCGUCAUCCUGUUCGCCUUCGCCGUCAUGGUCUUCUGCAACCUCUCCAUCAUCUGGGUGCUGCGCCGCUCUGUGGCCGGCAAGGAGAGCAUGACGCCGGUGAAGAAGAGGGCGUUCCGCAUGGUGCUGAUCGUGCUGGGCAUCGUGGUGGGCAACUACCUGCCGCCCGUGGCCACCAUGCCCUUCGUGGCCUACUACACCUUCCUGGCCUUCCGUUGCCACAUCAGCAUCUCCGUCUUCUCCAUCAUGGACCUGAGCUGCAGCAUCGAGCCACUGCUCUACCUCAGCAAGAUGGACAAGAUGCCCGCCUGCUGCUCUCGUCUCCGGAGAGAGAAGAAGAGCAUCACCGCAGAGGUGCCUGCUUAA